CAAAACAAUAAAGAAACAUACAAUUUGAUUUGAUUUAUGCACAACAGUACAGUGCAGUGAGCUUAACAAGCUUGAGUGCAGUUUACAUUUGACUAAGCCAGCGAGCGCUUGACAAAUUAUAAAAUAUACAAAUUUUUAAAAUGAAUUUGUUGGAAUUUCUAAUUUUAAAUAUACUACUGAUGGCAUCUGCAGCUGCUUUCAGAACUGACAUCGAUUAUUGCAAACUCGGUUGUGCGAAGCCCAAGAUGAAGCAUGCUAUUUGCGCUAAUCCCGAUAAGAAACUAAUUGCGAAUUGCCCAAAAGACACUAAAAUCUUAUCAUUAGAUGCCAUGCGAAAUAUCAUAUUACAACUGCACAAUGAACGGCGUGAAUUUGUGGCGACCGGCAGGGAAGAAUUCCUACCGCCCGCUGCACGUAUGGGUGAACUAUUUUGGGACGAAGAAUUGGCCGACUUAGCUGAAUAUAGUGUAAGACGCUGUCUCAUAAGCGAUCCGAACUGCUAUACUACGCCAACAUUACCCAAUCCGGGACGUAGUGCAAAUAUUUAUAAGUACGAGAAAACUGAAGUGCCAUUCGAGGAGUUAGUGUCUUCACGCGUAGUUAAUUGGCUGGAUACAUCGAUGGAGUGUACAGCGGAAAUAGCAGCUAACUUUCCAGAAAAUACGCCAGGACAUGUUGACUUCUUCGGUCGUGCCAUAACGGAUAGCAAUAAUCAAGUGGGUUGUGCGGCAUCGGAAUGGGUGAAGGAAUCAAAAAAAUAUUUUCUAUUAGUUUGUCUUUAUACGAAUGAUGUGCAAGCAGGUAAGCGUUUAUACAAAUUUGGUCGCCCAGCCUCGAGAUGCCUGUCGGGAUCCAGUAGUCUGUACAAAAAUCUAUGCAGUACCCAGGAAGACUACAAGAUCGCGGAUGUAGUGCAUGCGCAUAGAAAGCUUUCGGACUUUAGCUUCUAUUACAAAAAUGUCACAGACUACCAUGCACCCGAAGGAAGUCUUUGGCAGUUAGUGAUUUGAAUAUACGAAUAUAUAUUAGAACCCUAAACAAUAUGUAGGCGUUGUAGGAGAAUUUCAAUCGUUCUUUAUAUUUUUAUUCGAAUCUUGCAUAUACGUUAAGCAUAUAGAAACAUGGAAAUGUAUUGGAUUUUAAAUAAAGUGAUCGUAGAACUUGACGCAGAAUA